AUGCACCUUGAGAAUCCAAAUGAGGCUGCAAGGCCUGAUUUCACUACUAGAGAGCAUGAACAAGCUCGUCUACAACUAGUAGAAGAUGGUCUCACUGAAGACCAAGCUGUGCACAUGCUUGUGUCCUUGUGGACUUUAACCAACAACACCGACAAAGUGCAUUGGGCCGAGAAACAAGAACGAAUACAAGAACUAUGUCAGCGAGAAGAAGAAGAAGAAGAAGAAGAAGAAGAAGAAGAAGAAGAAGAAGAAGAGCAACGCAACCAAGUCCUCCAAGAAGAAAGAGAAGCAGCUCAGCUAGAAGAAUGGAAGAAAAACAAAAAUAAGAAGAUCAAAGCAGGAGACUAUUGCGAGUUACACUACUUCACCAACCAAGGCCUAGAUGACGCCAACAAACUCUCACAAAUUGCAGAGCCAGAUGCCCUAGUAAUGCUCCCCUCCAACGACAGCAUUCAUUCCUGGAUUCCUGCAGAUGCAGUGAAAGACCCCAAAGCCUCACCAGUGACAAGAGAUGAGAGCCUCACCUGGGAGGAGUUCAACAAGGUGGCAUCACGUAUUCUCAAUUACAUGAGGAUUCAUGACUGGCCAGACGAGCGCGUCAACAUGCACAUUCAAUUCUGGUCAGCCUUACAGAACCAUUGCUGGCAGCACUCCUCAGACCACCUCAAACAACAAGCGCUACUGUUGAACGGGCCAAACAUGGAGCCUUGA